CCCCGCGCCUUUGUCCUCCAGCCGGGUCCCGGAGGGCUCGGCAGCGGGGCCGAGCCGCCCAGCGCUCCCGAUCCCACAGCUCGCGUCCCUCCGCUGCGCCCCGAACUCACGGCAUUUCAGGGGAAGGGGGGCUGUACUUUUUUUUCCUCUUGUCUUUUUUUUUGUUGUUGUUGUUGUUUUUUUAAAAUUUAUUUUAAUUUUUUUUUUCCAAUUUGUCUCCCACCUCUUGUGUCCCCCCUCCCCCUUCUAAAUGGGAGAUGUUCUCAGGACAGCGCCCGGGAGACUGGCUGGAAUCAGUUUUGGAGGGUGAUACACCGCGACAGCUAAAAGUUGGAUAGGGUUUCAGCAGCUCCUAUAUAAAGCAGGGGGGGACUUAUGUCACUGCACUAAUUAAAUUCCAUCUGGGUUGUUCCUCGGGGUGUUUUUGAGAUUGCCACCCAACUCAAGCAGGCAGAGAGGCCCAGGGACAGCAUGAUGGACCUUUUUGAAACUGGCUCCUAUUUCUUCUACUUGGACGGGGAGAAUGGAGCCCUACAGCAGCUGGAGAUGGCUGAGGGAUCCCCGCUAUACCCAGGCAGCGAUGGCACCUUGUCUCCGUGUCAGGACCAAAUGCAGCCAGAGGCCGGCAGUGACAGCAGCGGAGAGGAGCAUGUGCUGGCACCCCCGGGACUACAACCCCCUCACUUCCCCGGCCAGUGUUUGAUCUGGGCUUGUAAAACUUGCAAGAGAAAGUCGGCCCCCACGGACAGGCGGAAAGCAGCCACCCUGCGGGAGAGGAGAAGGCUGAAGAAGAUCAACGAAGCUUUCGAGGCUCUGAAAAGGCGGACUGUGGCGAACCCCAACCAGAGGCUGCCCAAGGUGGAGAUACUGAGGAGCGCCAUCAGCUACAUCGAGAGGCUGCAGGACCUCUUGCACAGGCUGGAUCAGCAGGAGAAAAUGCAGGAGAUCGGGGGGGACCCCUUCAGCUUCAGCCCCAAGCAGGGAAAUAUCCCCAGUUCGGACUUCCUGAGCACCUGCAGCUCCGACUGGCAAAGCGUUUCUGACCAUUCCCGAGCCCUAGGAGUCAGCCCCAAAGAAGGAGUCUCCGUUGUCGAGUCGUCGGCCUCCAGCAGCCUUCGCUGCCUCUCUUCAAUAGUGGACAGUAUUUCCUCCGACGAUCCCAAACUGCCCGGCGCGGAGGAAGCGGUGGAGAAAUAAACCCGGGUUUGUGGUAGUGUAUUUAAAGGAGAUGGAGCCUCCACCCUCUCUCCUCUAAACUAAGUAACCAAGCAAAUUCACACAGUGGAAAGCCCAAGCAGGGGCCUUUUUAAGAUCCAAUCAAAGGUACACCUACCCCAAAGAAAAUGGCUCCCACUGACUCGAGCCAGACAGACUUCCUUCUUGCCUUCUCAUUUCUUUUUCCCGAGGUUUGUUUUCUUUAAAUUGUGUUGCAUAAACCACCCUUUUUUUCCCUUUUUUUUUUUUUUUUUUAAUUUAAGAUACUUACUUAUGUACCGGUGAUCCGCUUUGUCUAAGACUCACCGGGAAGUUCAUUCCUGUCUGAGUGAAGCUCUUGGUUGCAUUGCGUGUGAGUCAUAUUUAAAGAGUUCCCGCCUCGUUUUGUUCCUGUAAAUAAUUUCAGUACUGUCUUUUUUUUUUGUAAACAUAACGUAUAUAUUUAAAUGGUGGAAUGUGAUAUUGUAUAUAAGAACAGAUGGAUUUCUUGGAUUGUAAAAUAAAGCUCUUUGUGUUACAGUG